AUGAAAGAGCUGCCAUCUCAAUACGGAACAUUCAAGGAUUGCCUUGCACGCCACAUCAUUGCAAAAUCUGUUUCAGCCUCCUCAGCCUCCCCAGAGGACGACGUCGACGGUUCCCAGCUCUCCGACUUCUCCUCCUAUCUCUCCCACGAAGUGUGGCCCACCCUUCCUUCCUCAUUCCACAACGCGUCCUACGAGACCAGGCAUUCACUGCCUGAUUUAGAUACCGACCUUGACUCCGGCUCGAUGUCCACGAUGCUCAGGCUCGAAAACAUCCCCACCUCCUUCUCCGAUUCUCUGAUCUCUUACGGAAUCUGCGACGACUGGGACUCGGCCGUCGAAUUCUUACGAAAGGUCGUAGUCGAUUAUAUGCACGAGGCUUGUAAACCGCCACCGGUAUGGAGUGCGACGAGGAAAGAUCAUAAGGAAUGUGAGAUGUGUGAGAGGGAGGUGCCGUUGACGUAUCAUCAUUUGAUACCGCGUUCGAUGCAUACGCGAGUGUUGAAGAAGAAAUGGCAUCCCGAGUCGAUGUUGGGCUCUGUUGCUUGGUUAUGUCGGCCGUGCCAUAGUGCGGUGCACCAUGCCGCGAGUAACGAAGAGCUUGCGCGGAGUUACUACACGUUGGAUCUACUGCUGCAACGUGAGGACAUACAGAGAUGGAGGCGGUAUGCUGCGAAACAGAGGUAUGGUGUCAAGAGAGGAUGAAUGACUUUGCGAACGUAAUUCUCUCCCCGUUUCAUCGACAUUCUUCACAGACCCAUUCGCUUCAACGACGUUGUGGCAUCCCGUACCAUACAAUUACGAGGUCACCUCUUGCCUUCAAGUUUCCCCUUAUCGUGCUCCCCUCCCACUUCCAUUUCCACUUCCCCCUCCCACUUCCACUUCAUCCACCUGCGUCCUCGUCCUAUCCCUCACUCGUCAUCGACGACUGCCUCCCUCCACCUCCAACGCUAAUGCCCGGAUCGCAAAACAACACCCCGCAGCAUUAGAUUUCGACUGGCACCUGAGUUAUAGUGGUAUGGCUAUGGGUAUGGACAGAGGGACUGGAGGUAAUUCGGUUUCGAAGGGAGCGGGUGGGCACCGGAGGUGGAAGUGGAGGUGGCGGUGGAGAAGGUGGAGGGUGGAGGAGAUGAGCAGUCGAGACUAUGGGCGUCCAGAUUCAUCGCUGGUAUGCCAAUGUCAAUGCCCAUACCAGUGCCAGUCCCGCUCGUUCAAGCAAGCUACGAAUACGAGUACGGGUGCGGUGGCAUGCCGGUGUCGAUUUCGGAGCCGGAGUUGAGGAGUAUUCAGGGGUUGUAUGUUUGCGAAGGGGAGGACGAGGGUAGUUUUGGGGGUAUGACGUACUGGGGAGGGUGGUUUCUCGUUCGAGAUAUUGGACAGGACUGUUUCUUAAUGAGCGUUUUCAGACGACUUACUUAUUGGAUAUUCAACUGGACUCCGAGUCCGAGGUUGUGAGCUACAUAAGUGUUCCAUGAUCCACGCGUAUAAUUCGUUUUGAAAAUAUAUACCUGUAGCAGUAAGUAGUAGUAUUUGCUGUAUCGUCCUG